AAAUUUUGAUUUUUUUUUUUUCCAGUUUGUUUUGAUAACAAUGAGUACAUUGGAAUGGGGUUGCUUGAUAACGGGAAGAAGAAUAACUUUGUGAUUUUAUUGUAGUUCACUUGUUUUGUUACUUGAAUUAUUGGCAAAAAAAGUAUUAAUGGAUAGUAAUACAGAUAACCAUCAAAACGUAGGUUUUAAACCUAAGAUGAGGAAACCCCUUCGUCAACGACUGCAGUCAUCCAGCGAGAGUAGCUCUAGCGAUGAAGAAUCAGAUGUUAGGGAGAAGUUGGAGGAGAUGCAGACGCUGCAGAGUCUCCGCAGACGGCAGAACGGCGUGAGCAUCGCGAGCCUCGCCCUGGGCAAGAGACUGGCUCCGGGAGAAGAGUUGGUUGACACGGACCCGUUCCGGGUGAAGGCGGGCGGGAUGGUGAACAUGAAGGCGCUGAAGGACGGGAAGGUGAAGCGGGUGGACGACGCCUACGACACGGGGAUCGGCACCCAGUUCUCCGCGGAGACCAACAAGCGAGACGAGGACGAGGAGAUGAUGAAGUACAUAGAGGAGCAGCUGUCGAAGCGGAAGGGCAGGCUGCGGGCGCGGGAGGACGACGGGGCGGGCGAGCCCAAGGACCAGGCCAAGUACUGCUCCCCCGAGGAGGCGGCCCUGCUCGCCGUGCCGGACCACCUGCGGGCGUCCUCCACCCAGCGCUCCGAGGAGAUGCUGUCCAACCAGAUGCUCAGCGGCAUCCCGGAGGUCGACCUGGGCAUCGAUGCAAAAAUACGUAAUAUUGAAGCGACGGAGGAGGCAAAGCUGAAACUGCUGUGGGAACGGCACAGCAAGAAGGACGGCCCGUCCCAUUUUGUGCCCACAAACAUGGCCGUCAACUUUGUGCAGCACAACAGAUUCAACAUAGAGGACCCCGAACCGCCUCGCAAGAGAGAGAGGUUGCUGGAAGAGAAGAAGAAGAUGGUGGUGGUCGGUUGUGCCCCGGAAGACAAAGUUAAGCGCAACCGGGACGGUGGUGAGAAAGCCACGGACGACUAUCACUACGAACGAUUCAAGAAGCAGUUCAGAAGAUAUUGACUGUUGAUGUACGUAUUCACUGCGUGUAAACUACUGCGUGGAAGCAAUUUUGUCGAUGAAUGUUGUAUGUAUGGUUUUGUAAAUAUGUAUGUGUUGUAAUUAUUUUACUGUAACUUCUUAUAUUUUUUCGAGAGAUUUAUAAAGCGAUAUAUGUUUUUA